CGCCCGGGCCCCGCUGAGGCCGCUGCGCCCCUGCCUCUUCGCAGGAGGACUCGUUGCAAACUCCGGGAACUUCGGGGGGCAGUCCGAGAAGCGGCGAAACUCUCCGGCUUGGCAGCUCUGCUCGCGGGCCCCCACCCCGGGCGGCGCCCCCCAGCGCCCUCCACUCGCCCAGCCUCUGCUUGCACGUGCCUGAGCUCUGAGGACCACAGAGGCCCUGGACGGAGCUGACUGCCUUCAGGCCCGUGCCAGGCCACGAUGCUCAUGAGGAAAGUGCCCGGCUUCGUCCCAGCCUCUUCGUGGGGGCUGCGGCUGCCGCAGAAGUUCCUUUUCCUUCUCUUCCUUUCUGGCCUGGUCACCCUGUGCUUCGGGGCCCUUUUCCUGCUGCCCCAUUCCUCUCGCCUCAAGCGCCUCUUCUUGGCCCCGCGGACGAAGCAGCCCGGCCUGGAGGUGGUGCCUGAUGUCGCUGGCCACCCUCCGGUCCAAGAGCAGGAGCCGCCUCCCAACCCGGCCCCUGCCGCGCCGGCCGCGGGAGAGGACGACCCCAGCAACCGUGCCAAUCAACUCCGCAGGAAUGGGUGGCCGCGGCGCACCCGCCCCACCAGGCCCCGGGAGGAGGCCACAGCGGCUCGGGGCAACAGCAUCGCAGCCCUCAGGCCCCGGGAGAGGAGCGUCCCGUUUAGCUUUGACUUCAAUGCUUUCCAGAGUCGUCUCCACCACCCGGUGCUGGGGACGAGACCCGACGAAAGUAAGGAGCACCAGAGCCGAGUGCAUGCCCAGAAGGAGAAAAUUAAGGAGAUGAUGCAGUUUGCCUGGCAAAGCUACAAGCAUUACGCAAUGGGGAAAAAUGAGCUCCGUCCACUAACAAAAGACGGCUAUGAGGGAAACAUGUUUGGAGGGCUCAGUGGGGUGACGAUCAUUGAUUCCCUUGACACCCUCUACCUCAUGGAGCUGAAGGAGGAGUUCCAGGAAGCCAAGGCCUGGGUUGAAGAGAGUUUCCACCUGAACGUGAGCGGGGAGGCAUCCUUGUUUGAGGUGAACAUCCGCUACAUCGGAGGACUCCUCUCAGCCUUCUACCUGACCGGAGAAGAGGUGUUCCGAAUAAAGGCCAUCAAGCUGGGACAGAAACUCCUGCCUGCCUUCAACACUCCCACGGGAAUCCCAAAGGGCGUUGUGAACUUCAAAAGCGGCUCCAACGGAAGCUGGGGCUGGGCGACGGCAGGGAGCAGUAGCAUCCUGGCCGAGUUUGGAUCCCUGCAUUUGGAGUUCUUACACCUCACCGAGCUCUCUGGCGACCAGGUCUUCGCAGAAAAGGUCAGGAACAUACGCAAGGUCCUCCAGAAGAUCGAUAAGCCCUUCGGCCUCUACCCCAACUUCCUCAGCCCAGUGAGCGGGAACUGGGUGCAACACCACGUCUCGGUUGGAGGACUCGGGGACAGUUUUUAUGAAUAUUUGAUCAAAUCAUGGUUGAUGUCGGCCAAGACAGAUAUGGAGGCUAAAAAUAUGUACUAUGAAGCACUGGAGGCAAUAGAGACCUACUUGCUGAAUGUCUCUCCCGGGGGGCUGACCUACAUUGCUGAGUGGCGAGGGGGGAUUCUGGACCAUAAGAUGGGGCACCUGGCCUGUUUCUCGGGGGGCAUGAUCGCCCUCGGUGCUGAAGAUGCCAAGGAAGAAAAGAGGGCCCACUACCGAGAACUUGCAGCCCAGAUCACCAAGACGUGCCACGAAUCGUACGCCCGCUCAGAUACCAAGCUCGGGCCCGAGGCCUUCUGGUUUAACUCCGGCCGAGAGGCAGUGGCCACUCAGCUGAGUGAGAGCUACUAUAUCCUGCGGCCUGAGGUGGUGGAGAGCUACAUGUACCUGUGGCGGCAGACCCACAACCCCAUCUACAGGGAGUGGGGCUGGGAAGUGGUGAUGCCUUCCUUUCCCCAGGCCUUGGAGAAAUACUGUCGGACGGAAGGAGGCUUCUCUGGGAUCCAAGAUGUCUACAGCAGCAUCCCCAGCCACGACAACAAGCAGCAGAGUUUCUUUCUAGCGGAGACACUGAAGUAUCUCUAUCUUCUGUUCUCUGAAGAUGACGUGCUCUCCCAGGAAGACUGGGUGUUCAACACGGAGGCCCACCCACUCCCGGUAAACCACUCGGACAGCUCGGGCAGGGCCAGGGGCAGACACUGACUCCACCUCUCCGCAGCUCCUGGGGCCGCCACAGACAUGUCUUACAUUUUCGGGAUUUGGGACUGUUCUCAAAGGAGUUGGGAACGUAGGCCCCCUCUCGGGCAGACCCCAGGCAGAUCUGCCGGACAAGCAACUUCUUUUCCUCUAUGAGGAGACAAGGACUUGCAGAUGCAGUUACGUCAGACAGGGGCCACCCUACAGCAGGCCCCAGACAUUCCUUUCUACGGAGAAUUUCUAUGAAACCCACUCACUUGCCAUUCCAGGGCCAAAGGACCAGAGGUUUGCAUACCGACCCCAUGUAUUAACUCCAGUUCCUUUCGUUUUGUUCAGCUUGAUUUUGCCUUUUCUGUAUAGUUGGGUUUUACCAUAAUUACAUAGUUUUCAAAACCAUGUGCUUUCUAAAAUGGUGGCUUCCUGAUCAACAAAAUCUUAGUGUUUGCACACACACACAAACCUGGGCCCCAUUUUCUAUACUUUAAAUGCCUUUUGCCAGCAUUUACUAUAUUUUCAAUUAUGUGUCAUUUACCUUUUCAUUUCAGGAGGGGUUCCACUUUGACUUCGGUCUAAGUGUUACGAAUCACUAGUAUUAUUUUCAUUAUCGUAAUGGAAAAAUCUGUGAACUAGAAUAAAAGAGUUUAUUGAAUAAGAAACCCAGUUAAGUUCUUUGUACAUCAGUAACUCCUGGGAAAAUCCAGCAAUGUUAUCAUCAGAGAGAAUUACCAACAAGCAGUUGCUGUAAAGGGUAAUUCAGUAAACGAGGAAUCGGUGACCCCAACUUCUGUUUCCUUCCCCUUAAAUUGGUCCUAAUAUAUUCAGGAGGUGUGAUGCCAGUCCUUUAAACGGAGCUGAUAUUUAUACUCAGGUUGAGGCUUGGAAGGAGCCCUGGUGGUGCAGUGGUUAAAGCGUUUAGCUGCUAACCAAAAUGUUGGCCGUUCAAACCCACCAGCUGCUCCGCAGGAAAAAAAUGUGGCAGUCUGCUUCCGUAAAGAUUUAUAGCCUUGGAAAACCCUAUGGGGCAGCUCUACUCUGUCCUAUAGGGUCACUGUGAUUGGAAUUGACUCAUCAGCAGCGGGUUUGGUUGGUGGGUUUAGGCUUGGAAGAGCCCCAGAGAAGGGCAGCAACUUGCCUGAAGUCACGCAGCUAGUAAAAGACAGAGAUGAGCCUGGCCCCUGGGUUUCUUGACUCCCCUGUUCAUCUGGUCAGUCAUUCAGCAGAUACUUGGGGAGUGCCUGCAAUGGACCAGACAUCGGCUAGAUGCCAGGGACACAGCUGUGAGCAGGACAGUCAUAACCCUGACCUGAGGGAGCAUUCAGUCAAGAGACAGUGAUAGACUGUAAAUUGACAGAUAAGCAAAUAACUGCAGGUGGCAUGAAAUGCAACAGAAGAAAUAAUCAGGACCUACCUUUAGGGGGUCAUGGAGGGCCACUCUGGGCAGGUGACCAUCACACCAAGACCUAGGAGAUCAGCAGGAGCAGCGGGAAGAGUAUCCUGCAGAUGGACCAGCACCCACACGUCCCAGCUCCGUUUCCACUCUCCUCAGUGACCAUUACCUGUGUCCCCUGGGAGGAGGUGUCAAAUGCUGAAGCCGCGCUCUGCAAAGCAAGGGGUUCAGGUCCCAACACUGAGUGAGGGUUUUUUCUCCCAUCACCCCAACACCCUUCGCAGCCAGUCCAAGCAACUGCCGCUUCAUCUGGGUUCUAGCAGUCAAACUGAGUAGCCCCUGGGGUGUCAGGGCUCUGGGCCAGGUGACCUGGCUUUAAAUCCCACAGUGUGAGCCUGAGCAGGUUGUCUCGUUUCUCUGGGCUCCUCUUUUCCAUAAAGCAGAGGGAAGAACCCCCACCUACAAGGUCGCUAUGAGAAUGGUGGGGUGACACUGGUGCAGGGGGUAUGGGAAGGGUUUCAUCCUUUUUCUGGAGAUGCAGAUGCUCCCAGCAUCCUCUUGAGCAGAAGCCAGAGCUACAGGUGCGCAGCCUCUGGAGCAGAAAUCCUGGAGUUUGGUUAACAAGUUCGGCAGAUCACUUCUACUCUUGACAAGCAUCAAGAAGUAUGGCUCCAGCAACCCACCUGUGCCCCUUAGAAACAAAACAAAACAGGAAAACUCUUCCACUACACAAACACUGUAGAAAGAUUAGGAAAUAAAGGUAAACAGAAAGAAAAAUCAUUCACCAUCCUACCUUCCAGAAUGAAUACUGCUGUAUUUUCUUCUAGACCUUUUUCUACAAACAUAGAAUAUGUAUUUUGCAAACGUGAUGUCAUAUUAUGCAUACUGUUUUAUUAUUUGCUUUUGUAUUUAACUGUAUAUCAUGAACAUCUUCCCAUGUCAACAAAUAUACAUUCUCUCAUCACCAUCCCUGGUGGUGUGGAACUCCAUUGGGUGCUAUAUCAGACUUUAUCCAUCUAAGUCCUAAUACUGGGCAUCUGGGUUUGUGUCAGUUUGGAUUCCUGGUUAAAAUUAAUACAAAGCAACUCUGGCUAACUUAAGCAAAAUGCUUGAGUUUUGGGGUGCCACAUGGAAUCUCAGGAAAGAGUGAAUAGCCAGAUCUCAAGAAUGACCAGAAUGAGGAUAUGGCUGGGGAUCCAGGUUGCCAGAACCAGGUGGCAGCCCCCUCACACAGCACCAUCAGGAUGGGUAAGCAAAAUAUUUCCAGAACCUACUGUCUCUCCCUUCAAGGAAGUGAGCUUCAAAUUGGCCCAGCCCUGGUCAUGGGCCCACCCCGGGUCACAGGCCCACCCCGGGUCACAGGCCUACCCCUAGUCAAGGAGAAAACGGUAGACCCAUCCAGACCCCAUGCAAUGGACAAGGGACAAUUUCCCGGGGAAAACUGAGGUUUGUUACCAAAAUAAGGGGAUCUGCAUGCUGGAUAGACAAAAACAGCAAGACCCUUUGCAGGUUUUGCUUUGAUUUUUUUCAGCAUUACAAGGAGAGGUAUGAGGAGCCAUACUUGACCAGCCAUCUUUUCACCCUCGCGCAGUUAUUUCCUGACAAUCACCUCCUAGAACGCCUGUCUCUUUGGCCUCAGCACCACUUUGCAGUUCCCCAAGGCUCCCCCUCUGGGCCUGUGUCCCU